AUGGAAACCAUUCGAAGAUCAUGGAAACUUCAAGAGUUCGUCGCACACAAGGCAAAUGUCAACUGUUUAGCAAUGGGACAUAAAUCAAACCAAGUUUUAGCUACUGGAGGUGAUGAUAAAAAAGUUAAUCUCUGGGCUAUAGGAAGACAAAGUUGUUUAAUGAGUUUAAGUGGCCACACUACUCCAGUAGAAUGUGUUUGCUUUGGGCAUUCAGAAGAUUUGGUUUGUGCCGGUUCUCAAACAGGGGCUUUAAAGAUAUGGGAUUUGGAAGCAGCAAAACUUCUUAGAACAUUCACUGGUCAUAAAGGUGCAAUCAAAUGCAUGGACUUUCAUCCAUAUGGUGAUUACCUGACAACGGGAUCUUGUGAUAGCAACAUUAAAUUGUGGGACACCAGGAAGAGAGGAUGCAUUGUGACUUACUCCAGCCAUCGCCUUGCAGUUAACAGUCUUCAGUUUAGCCCAGAUGGACAGUGGAUUGCUUCUGCAUGUGAAGAUGGUUUUGUGAAAGUAUGGGAUGUGCGAGUUGGAAAAGUUUUGCAAGAAUUUAUUGAACACACAUCAGCUGUUACUUGUGUUAAGUUCCAUCCUCAUGAAUUCUUACUGGCUAGUUGUGGCAGUGAUAAGACUGUUAACUUUUGGGAUAUGGAAAAAUUUCAAUUAGUUUCCAAAUUUGAAAAAGAUAAUACUUCUAUAAGACAUAUGACAUUUAGUGAUGAUGGCACUACUUUGCUAGGUUGUGGGAAUGAUGGGUUACAUGUUGUUGGUUGGGAACCAGCAAGAGUAUUAGAUACAGUAUCAGGUCAUUGGGGUCAAAUUCAUGACAUGACUGUUGCUCAAACACAACUUAUUGCAGGAUCUUUUCAUUCAACUUAUGUUGUUUUAUCAGUUGUUGAUUUAAGUAAAGUACAUCCAUUUGGAGGACCACCUCCUAAUGUUCCAACUAUAGUAAGAGAUUUAUCACCGUUUCAAAAAGGCCAUUCUGUCCGCAAAAGUUUCUCAAAAGAAAAACCACCAAAAGAAGUGAUGCACAGGCCAACUCUUCUUGAUGAGAAAACAGCUGAAGAAUCUGCAUCAGGGACUGAAGCUGAUGAAGAUUCAGGUGCUGUUAUUUCAAAUAUUAAUGAUUAUACAGAAAUUUUUCGACCAUCCAGGGCAUUAAACCGCACACCACCUCCAGCAACUAGUUUGUCAUCUGAGGAUUAUGCUGAGCCAGUGGCAGAGUCGUCGCGUAAAUUAGAGGGAACAGUCAAUACCUCCCUACGUAAUCUGAUGCUGGAAGAGUCCCGCCCAGCAGUCGUCUCACUCGCACGUCCGCCGCCGCAGCCCUCCCCGCCGCAACGCCACCGCGCAGAACAAUUCUCACGCAUACCAACCUCAAAGGAACAUUAUGCAGUCCUUGAGAAAAAGACCGAAGUGUUUUCAAGGGUGAUGGAUAACAGUAAAGAUGACAACUCGUAUACAUCAACGAAAGCAGUUAACGAUUUUGCUGCCAAUUCCCUAACACCGUGUUCACUAAACCGUCAUAAUUCAUACAAAGAAUCGAAGACAACUUCUGAGAUGUGUGGAAGUAAUUUACGUCAAAGCAACAGCGAGGUUUCGUUAGGACCACCGUCCUUGGGUCCAAGACGAAGGGUUGACAGCGUCGGUCGAGAAAACGUCCCAAUAAAUCGGAACGUCGAUGACGCGGAAAGAGAGCCGGAGCCAGAAUUUAUACCCUACGCCACCGACAGACCGGUCGGACUGGAUCUAGAGGAGUUUUUGCCCCGCGGGCUGAUCGGGAGCUACGGGCGCGCGGGCGCUCGCGGCGGCGGCGCGGAGCCCAGCGAGCAGGAGGUGCUCGGCGUGAUGAUGCGCGGCCACGACUCCAUGAUGGCCGUCCUGACCGCGCGCCAGCGCGCCCUGCAGAUAUUUCAUUCCGUACGGGUGAAUAAGAGUCUGAAAACUGCACUAGAAUCUGUGAUUGCUCUUGAAGACACGUCUGUAAUUCUAGACAUACUAAACGUAAUGGCGCAUAAACCGUCCCUGUGGAAUUUGGACAUAUGUUUACUAAUGCUGCCCAAAAUAUAUGAUUUGUUACAAAGCAAAUACGAAUCUUACAUGCAGUGCGGGUGCAACGCUUUAAGGUUGAUAGUACGUAACUUCUCGUCGGUGGUUCGGGCCAACGUGAGCGCUCCCGUGCGAACUCUGGGCGUUGACAUACCGAGGGAGGAGCGAUACACUAAAUGUGUGCAGAUCCAUAGACUAUUGCUCGAAGUACGGGCCUUCCUACUCAAAAGACAAACGCUCCAGGGCCGUCUCGGAGCCGCAUUCCGAGAUCUCCACACUCUGAUGCAACAGGGUCUUGAC